GCCCAUUUUGCUGGCCUGAGGCUGAAGAGAGGGUUGGUAGGAUGAAUGGCAGGAUAAAAUCUUCCUUCCUUGAAACCACAUAGCUUCUGACAAGCAAAGAUGUCACUUGAUAUUCUUGGCUUGAUGAAAAAAGAACAAGAUUCUAACGUGACAGAAUUUGUUCUUCUGGGCCUAUCAUCUUCUUGGGAGCUGCAGCUAUUUCUCUUCUUACUAUUUUUGUUUUUUUACAUUGCUAUCAUCCUGGGAAACCUCUUGAUAGUGGUAACAGUGCAAGCCCAUGCUCACCUGCUCCAACCUCCUAUGUAUUAUUUUUUAGGUCAUCUCUCUUUCAUUGACCUAAGCCUGAGCUGUGUUACUGUGCCAAAGAUGUUAGGGGAUUUCCUACAGCAGGGCAAGAGCAUCUCUUUUUCAGGAUGCCUGGCCCAGAUCUACUUCCUCCACUUUCUAGGAGCCAGUGAGAUGUUUCUGCUGACAGUCAUGGCCUAUGACAGGUAUGUUGCCAUCUGUAACCCUUUGUGUUACCUUACAGUCAUGAACCCCCAGCUAUGCCUUUGGUUGGUUCUUGCCUGCUGGUGUGGGGGUUUUAUCCACUCUAUCAUGCAGGUCAUACUAGUCAUCCAGCUGCCUUUCUGUGGCCCCAAUGAAGUGGACAACUUCUACUGUGAUGUCCCACAGGUCAUCAAGCUGGCCUGCAUGGACACCUAUGUGGUAGAGGUGCUGAUGAUAGCCAACAGUGGUCUGCUGUCUCUUGUCUGCUUCUUGGUCUUACUAUUCUCUUAUGCUAUCAUCCUGAUCACCCUGAGAACACACUUCUUCCAGGGCCAGAACAAGGCCCUCUCUACCUGUGCUUUUCAUCUGACAGUGGUCAGCCUGAUCUUCGUGCCAUGCGUAUUCAUCUAUCUGAGGCCUUUCUGCAGCUUCUCUGUGGAUAAGAUAUUCUCCUUGUUUUACACGGUGAUUACACCUAUGUUGAACCCCCUCAUCUACACACUCAGAAAUACUGAUAUGAAGACAGCUAUGAAGAAGCUGACGAUAAAACCAUGUGGCAUUCCAUUGCCUUGUUAA